UGAAGACUCGCUGGGGUCAACAAACAAGAUCAGUCUGCCAUCACUAAAUCAAGACCUGGCAACUAGCAUUUGGUGACUGCUAUAUAGGCUGCCACCUGACAUUCUCGACAUCAGAAGCUCCUUCAGACAGACAAGAUGAAAUUUGUGAUCCUCGCUCUUGUGGCCGCCGUGGCCUUCGCCGAGAAGCCCUAUGGCUCCGUGGGAUCCAGCGAGGAGGCAGAGAUCCUGCAGCACGACUUCGAUCUCCAGGACGACGGCAGUUACAAGCUGGACGUGAAGACCAGCAACGGCAUCUCUGUUUCCCAGCAGGGCAGGCCCGAGGGACCUGAGGGCGCCGUGGUCAAGAGUGGAGUAUUCUCCUACACCGCCCCUGACGGCACCCCCGUUGAGGUGAAGUUCGUCGCCGACGCCGGUGGCUACCAGCCCGACUCCGAUCUACUGCCCGUGGCCCCCGAGUUCCCCCACCCCAUCCCCCAGUUCGUGCUUGACCAGAUCGCUAAGGCCGCCGAGGAGGACCGCAACCGUUCUCCCGAGGACAGAUACACCUAUGCCUAAACACCCUCCAUGACCAAACCCUCGACCACAAGGGCGAAACGCUUCUCUAAUCAUUUAUUUAUUAUCAUUGUUACCGUUCAGUAAUAAAUUUUAUCAUGUGAA